AUGUGUUUGUUUGUGCAUGCGGGGGGAAAUAUAUAUAUAUAUGUUUUUCUUUUCUUUCUUUUUUUUAUUUUGUUUGAAAGGAGGGACGUCUUGUGGGAGCGCGGCACCAAGUACGCACAUUCCCUCCUGUUAUUGAGCCACACAUUUACAUUUUCCACUUCACACAAAAUUACCCGCAAAAGGGAAGGGGAAAGACGAGGUCGGGGCCAUUUGCAGCGACGGCACGCUCUCGUUUUUUCCCUUGGAUUUAUUUUCCAGUUUAUUUAUUAUUAUUCUUUCUUGUUUUUGUUGCUUUGUAGUGCGGCGGAAAUAAAAAUGAGACAGCUCGCUGGGGGCGUGAGCGUCAUGCUGAGCGCGGUGACUGCACUUGGUUUUUUGCUGCUCAUUCGCCGUGCAUUGGGCUGUAAUCAAAUGGUAACACUCAACAGGACGCUGCACGUUCUCCGCUGUCGCGAGAGACCACAUGACAGCAGGUUGCAGCGGUUUUUUGAGUGGAUUUGUGGCACGUCGUGCGUGAACUCUGUGGUGGUGCUCCGCACUGCCAACCCGCAUGACGCGGUGCUGUACCACACCCUGCUGCUGCCGCUACAAAAGAAGUUGAAUUAUUCUUUUAUCCUUGCCGUGGAAAAGGUGACGGAACUGGACAAAAUGGUUGUUAUUGAACUUCGUACACGUGAGUUUCACAGGGAAUAUACUCGCGGGGCGAUGCUGGCGUUCCCGGAGUUGCCGAAAUGCUCUGUAGCCACAGCUCCCUCCAUCGUCUCUAGCUGCAAGGCGCAGGAACGCCUUGUACUAUGCCGCGUUCCACUCCCGGAUUUGCGCGUCUAUCGCGACAUUCCGGCCGUUAUUUCUCGACUCAUUGCAGCUCACGGGGAGAACAGGCGGCUGUUUUCUUCGUACGCAGAGGAGAUGCUGUUUUAUCUUCCAUUUAUUGAGGCAAAUAGCCGGUGCCAAAAUCACCCACAGCAACAAAGCCAUCAAAUAGGUACAACGACAGUGACUAAGGCGUCGUCAUCCACGGCCUCGCUGUCUCACGGAGAGGAGAAAAAUGUGUUUUCUGGGCCCGACACGUUUACGCAGGUGGAGGCCGCUGUCUUGGGGAACUCCUUCCCCUCAACUGGGAGGAGUGACGAGAGCGCUGGGUUGGCAUUACUUGGCGAUGUCAUCGACAUCAAUGCUACGAUGUUCUCUACUUCAUGGCUGGUGGGGGUCGGGGAUGAGGCGGUUAGGACUGCUGAAGAUGUGGGUUCAAUGAACUCCCGUGGCGAGGACCAAUUUAUUCACGAUGCCAUCCACGAGGCAUUUUUUCACGUGGUGCUUCGUACGCCGCUCGCUCGCCCCGACUUCCUCGCUGCUGAAACACUGAAGUUGCACCCAUUCAAAGUAUGGCGCGCAAGUCGUCGAUCGCGACGUGCAGCUGCGGAAUUGUACGUUUUGGAUGUUGCGGCAGCGAAGGGUGAUGCCGUGAUAAGUUUUGCCCAUGUGGUUGAUGAGGUGGUGGCGCAGGCGGUUCUUGUGCACCACCGCGGGUCAUUGGCGGAAUUUGUGGAUGCGCUGUUUGCACGGUUUGCGCUGCGGUACACACCCGUCAUUCCCGCUCUGCGUGAAGUCGUCGAGCGUCGGCGUGGGGGGGUGCAGCGGCGGCAGCCGUCGGGAGAGAACUCUGAGAGGGAUCUCCGCAUGGAAGGGAGCGUCAACUGCUCCCCGCCUGGUGCGGGUCCGAGUGGUCUCGCGGUGGGCUUUGAGGACGGGGUGGUUGACGACGAGGAGGACAUCGAUGAGGUUGUGCGAGAACUCCACUACACACGGGAGUAUAUUCUUGAGCACCGCAUUACGUUUUACAAUGCCGUACUCACGGCGCAGGGAUCCAACCAACUGGAGGAAGUCUUUGGUGUGCCAGCAACCGUCUUUCCCUUUUUGCCCUGCGCCCGGGAGAGCGUGGCGUUUGUCACGCACGCCUAUGAGUGCAUUGUCGCGGAGUACGGGCCUCUGGAUUUCCACAACUUCACAAAAUACGCACACGAUGUCUUUGUGCGGGACCGACCCGAGAUUGUCCGACACGCCCCGCGCAUCUUUCGAAUGCUUAACAAAACUCGGUCCGGUGUUAUCUCCUUCGAGGAGCUUUGCUGUUGGAUCGCACGAAAACUCUCAUCUGGCUCACGGCAGCGGCCGGACGCCCACCUCAUUGCUAUUGCGAUGUCCUUACGCCUGCCGAUGGCGCUGGUGUUCAACAAACGGAAGCAGUGGCCGCGGAUGGAGUGUGCGUUGGCCUCCCUGUCAGAUGCGGAUGUGGAAGGCUACUAA